AUGCCAACCCUGCCUGGCAUUUUGACUGUAACCCUUCACGAGGUCACCGGCUUCUCUACGGUAGAUUGCUACAAUGAGAUAUCCGGCAGCGAUCCAACUAACCAUAGUAUCAAAGCUCGGCCCUCGCAGUACCGAGGGAACGGCUUUGUAUAUGCGCUCUUGGACUAUGAAAUGUUACAAGUAUCGGUCGAGUCGUUUUUUGGAACGAGUGAAGGUCCUAGAUGGCCGGCAGGAUACUACGCAGAACGCGAACUCUACAUCUCCCACUCUGCAGAGCUGAGGAUAUACCUCUAUAUUGGGGGGAAGAAUACGAUAGACAAGGAUAUAUUUCUAGGCGUGGCACGAGUGAGCCCGUUUGAGGGAUUCGAAACAUCCAAGUCGCAGUGGCUAGAGGUAGAAGACGGUGUUGGCAGGAUUCGCGUUAGUUUUGACUACCGACAUGUUGAGAAUAACCCGUUAAAAUCGGCAGAUUUUGAGUAUAUAGCUAGUAUUGGGAGGCCGCAUGCAUUUUACAACGGGAAGGAGGCUGAUCACCAAACAUACGCAAAGAAAAACAUUCAUCUUAUUGAGUCUGCAUCUCUGCCCAAAGCAUUAUAUACCACUACCCAACAAUCUGAUAUCAACCACCCAUUUAUCGCACAGCUUUCACUGGCUUUCAAUUCACAGGAGACAUUACACCUUCUCUCCCCGUUUAUUAGUGGUGGACACCUUUUUCACUAUAUUCAAAAGCAACGGGUUUUUGAUAUAGAGAAGACUCGACUCUAUGCCGCGGAGAUUCUCUGCGCAUUAGAAUAUCUCCAUGAUACCCACAGUAUAUUCUCCUGGCUAAAGCCUGGAAAUGUCCUUCUCGACUCCUUGGGUCAUAUAGUUUUAUGCGGGUUUAGCCUUUUUCUAAGGGAUCAUGGCACCUAUACGAUGCCAGAGUAUCCGGCCCCAGAAUUGUUCAUCCAAGGACAAUCGGAGACGGCGGACUGGUGGACACUGGGGAUAUUUCUCUACGAAAUGCUAACGGGGCUACCCGCAUUCUAUGACGAGAAUCCUGAGGAGAUACGCCGAAGAAUCCUUGACCCUGAUCAGCCCCUUAAGUUCCCCAAGUCUAUCACCCCGACUGCUGAGGAUUUCAUUAUCAGGCUCCUUGACCGCAGGCCAGAGAACCGUCUUGGAGCUAAUGGCGGGGUCUCUGAAAUCAAAGCUCACCCAUUUUUUGUCGACGUUGAUUGGAACAUGGUCAUCCGGCGGGAGUAUAAGCCCUCAUUUAAACCUAACUAUGUAGCGCGGUACUUUCGACAUCAUGGGUUUCCUAUACCAAUGCCGGAAGAGUUUCACGGAUUUAAAUUCAACCAGCCACAGCCCAAAAGAAGUAGUACAACAAAGAAUAUUGUAACUUUGCAAAGUGACGAAGAAAACUGCCAGGAGGUGGAUGACGGCUGGGAGCUAGUUUGGGAAUAUGCUCAACAGAAAUUUCAUUUCUACAACCACUUCACAGAGGCAAAACAGCUUGUUACUCAACCUGUGGAUCCUCUCCCUGAUAAUAAUGUUAGAAACACCACUGCCCCUAGCCAAACCCAGAAAGAAAGCGUACUCGAGGCUGCGUUACUAGGUGGACACAACCGCGCCAUCCCACAGCUAUUAGAAUAUGGCAUGGACUUGAAUAUCAAUAUCUUCGUUACUAGUGCCACUGGAGGGAAGAGUCCGCUGGGAUGGGCUACAGAGCACGAAAACCUCAGUUUAGUAACGCUUUUCCUUGAUAUGGGGGCUGAUGCAACGUUCUCUGCAUUAAAUACAGCUGUGAAGAGAAGGAACGAAAAACUUAUCAAGGUCCUGAUGAAAAAAACUGACCGAACAACUUCAACAAAGGCUCUUGGACUUGCGGUGGAUCAACAGGAUAUCACCAUAGCCAAACUCCUUUUAGAAAAUGGGGCGAAGUGCGAUUUUAAUGAUGAAGACCGACCUCCCCCCGAGCAUCACUUUGCUGGCUCUGGUUUUGCCCAUAACUGCCCUUUCUAUGAUAUCUCCUCUCUACCAGAGGAGUUUAUACCUCCGCUCGUCCGGGCAGUCAAACAAGGUUGUGUCGAUCUAACCCGGCUACUACUUGCUCAUGGGGCCGAUGUCAAUACCGGUUACCACGACUUGAGUUGGGACCUAGAUGAGAGUCCAGAACGAGAUACGAUUUCGUUCUCAUGCGGCAGAGUUAUUCAACUAGCCAUGGAGCUAGGAGAACUUGAAAUCGUCCAACUCCUACUUCUUGGUGGCGCAGAUAUUCACCUUAUACACCCCACCUGGUGUGUACCGGGACAUCAAUGUUGGCCGGGAUCGAGGGCCGUAUAUCAGAACGUCACAGACCGGUUGGAAGCCGCUAGAAACAAGGUCGAAUAG